AUGGGGACACUGGUGGCAGGUGCCGAGUGCUACGACAUGGUGGCCACGGUGGGGAAGGGGACCUUCGGGAAGGUGACCCAGGGCUGGCGGAGGAGCACAGGGGAGAUGGUGGCCAUCAAGAUCUUGAAGAAUGAAGGCCACCAUGGCCGGGUGGCAAAGAAUGAGCUGAGGUUGCUGCAGGCCUUGCAGGAGGUGGACACAGAGGAGUCGCACAUCGUCCGUUUCCUCGAGUCCUUCAGUGAUGGUGCCUGUACCUACCUGGUCUUCGAGCUGCUGGAGCAAAACCUCUUUGACUUCCAAAAGCAGAACAACUUCUUGCCAUUGCCCGUCCGGCACAUCCGUACAAUCACAGCACAGGUGCUGGCGGCAUUGGUCAAGCUGAAGGAGCUCUCCAUCAUCCACGCUGACCUCAAGCCAGAGAACAUCAUGCUGGUGGACCAUGCGCGCUAUCCUUUCCGCAUCAAGCUCAUCGACUUCGGCUCGGCCAGCAUCUUCACCGAGGUCCGCCAUGUCAAGGAACCCUACAUCCAAUCCCGCUUCUACCGGGCACCAGAGAUCUUGUUGGGGUUGCCCUUCUGCGAGAAGGUGGACAUCUGGUCUUUGGGUUGCGUGGUAGCCGAGCUUCACUUAGGUUGGCCACUCUACCCCGGGAUCAACGAGUAUGACCAGGUCCGCUACAUCUGCUCCACCUUGGGGCUACCACGGGGUGAGUUGCUCUGCGCUGCCCGGAAGACACGGUCCUUCUUCCAAUGGGUGCCACAUCCCACCAGUUCCUGGCAGCUCAAACCACCAGGCGAGGAGAUGGCAAAGCCAAUGGAGAGGAGGAAGUAUGUCUUCUCCUCGCUGGAUCAGUUGGCAGCGGUGAACAUCCACCCGGUGUCUUAUCCCAGCCAGGAGGCACUAGCUGAGCGCUGUGACCUGCACGGGAUGGUGGAGCUGGUCAAGAGGAUGCUCACCUGGGACUCGCACGAAAGGAUUGUGCCCAGUGCCGCUCUGAAGCAUCCCUUCAUCUCCUUGCAGCAGCUGAAGUCCAGCUUUGAAGCCACCCAGUACUACCAGCUCUGCCAAGAGGACCUGAGGGCAUCCCGUAAGGAUGUUGGCACAGUCAAGAUCUUCCCUGGCAUGGAGGAAGGUGCCUUCAUCCCCACCGGCCGGUGCAGCAUCCAGAAGGCCAUCACCCAGAUGGAUGGGCUCAGCCUGGCUGAGCCGGUUGGGGACACUGGUGACAAAAGCCAGCAGGGCAUCUGCCAAGCCCCCAUCCCCACCCACUAUGGCACCCGGCACCGCCAGCAUCACCAGCGUCCCAAGACAGAGCCCACUGCCGGUAACUUGAUCGUGCUGGGAUCCCCCAGCAGAUGGGAGCAGCGCGGCCACCACAAUGGCAGCAUGGUCUUUGGUGGGAUCACAGAGCAGGACCUGCCUGGAAGACCGUACACCUUGCCCCAUGCCAAGGUAUGGCCACAGGGUUGGGGGCUCAUGCAGGGACUGGUGGUUCCUGGGUGUGGGUGCUCCUGGGCAUGA